AUGGCCUAUUCAUAUAGCUCGACGACUCCAGACUUCCAACCCUUCGACGACUUUCAUUCGUGGGUUGAUAAAAACCAGACCGUUGGUACCGAUGGACGCGGCAAUGAGUCCGAAUACAUCACUUUCGAAGCUUUGAAGGAAUACUGGCAGCGUGCUCGGAUCUCUUCUAUUCUGAACGCAUGUAGCCACGUCACACCCAUUCAAGUGCCCAUUGACGACAUUCUGGCUAGAUUCCUGCGAAUUUUUUCGACCCUUGCCUACAUUUCCACCACCGACAGCCCAAAACUAUUUUAUAUCAAGAAGUUCGUGGAGAAGGAUAUUGAUGAUCAUAAUAUGCUAUUCGACUCCAAGCCACCUGCCUUCUCCGAUGCGCUAGAUGGACGACAAACCUUCAACAAGUUUCGAUGCUACCAGUGGCUUUUCUCCCCGGUUACUCUUUGGCCACACCGUUUACAGUUCAGGGAGCUGCUACCGGAGAGUAUAUUGCCUUUCAGAGUCGAGAAGGAUGCGAUUGUUUUAAAAGAGUUCGAUCCCUCCGAAAUGAAGUACUCAUUCAAAAACGAGGUUGAUACAUACAUCAGUCUCGAAAACAAAGUCCCUAAGCGUAUCUACAAACAGCAAUUUCUAAAAUACUAUGGCUCAUUCACAAAGGGCGACAGAGGAUUCAUCAUGCUCGAGUAUGUAGAAGAAGGAAGCUUGUUGGAUUUCUUCGACCGCAAUCAGCUGCCACUUGAGCGACAGGAACUCUACGGCCUAUGGUCCAGCCUCAUCGACCUAUUCACUGGGCUCGAAUAUAUUCACAGUCUCGAGCAGGACCCCAGGAGCAGCAUUUAUGGCAACAUCCGUUGCGUGCAUCACGACCUGAAGCCUGCCAACAUCUUUGUGUUCCGAAAAGGGGCCACCACUGCCUAUGAUUACCAAUUCAAAAUUGGUGACUUUGGAAUGACAAGUACGGCCCUUGUCAAGACCCCGAACAAAUCAAUCAGAACCCCGGCCGAACCAAGCACGAAAAUGUACGGAGCCCCAGAAUUGUCCAGCCGCUAUGCAGCAUUGGAGGAUAUUGACUAUGGUGCACUAUGGGAAAUGGACAUUUGGUCAUUUGGGUGUGUUCUUUUCGAAUGUUUGGUUUGGAUGACAUGUGGAUCAAGAGGAGUGCAGGCCUUUUUCCAAAUGAGGCAGAAAGAAACCGAUGCAGAUCUGCGCCUCAAGGACCAGGGAUACUCAGGUUGUUUCCACAAUGGAAAUGACCGAAAUCAGGCUGUUGACGACAUGAUGAAACUUGUCAUGGAAAGAAGACGGGUGUUUGAUGAUCUAUCCGGCGCAAUUGGUGAAAUUAUCAUGCACGAUAUGCUCAUAGCGAACAGCAAACGCAGGCUGGAUGCUAGGACCUUGCGACCGCGUUUCGAGAGAAAACUGGAAGCAGAGACCCGACAACCGGAGAAUCUCCAAACAUUGGAUUCGCCACCUCUCAUGAGUCCCAUCCGGGAGCAAAGACCAUCGCAGGAAGACGGCGACGAGAAAAUGCCCCUGGUAAACAUUCAAGCAGGAAACCAAAUUCGCCAAGAUAUCCACGCUCGCGAAGGGCUUGGGUCACCUAACUCGCUAAUUGAGAGCAGUCGCAGCCUCCCCAGGCCCAACAGAUCUCGUUCGAGUACCGAGGCAGGCGAAAUACUCGCAUGGCCUGCUUCACCGGCAUCAAUGGAAGCUCCGGACCGAGAGCAGGCACAAGCAUCUCCAUCAGGUCCAGACCAGGCGCAUAUAAUUAUCUCUCCACCGAUGAAACCUGACUCUGGAGCUGCAUCGGCUCUGAGCGACCCGAACGAUAUGUCACAUCGCACGUCGAUACACAAUUGUCAACCUGUAUGGGAGGAGAAGAUUGCACAUGAUGACCGAGUGACCUCGCCAGAUUCCUCACACGCCGUGGAAACAGUGGCCGCUGGUGGAAGUGGUUUGGGGGGACACGUUGAAUACGCCCUUCUGAAAAUUCCCGAGGUGCUCCGGUGGAUAGAUCGAAAGAAAAGAAGCGGGGCACCGCCACUGCCUGAUUAUCAACGAGCCAUGCAGGAGAUCGAUGGCCGGGAACAGAUAUUUGUCAUUGACGACUCGGAAACUAUGAGGCAAAAUCACUGGGAUGAUGUGAUCGAUACAGUGAAAGCGCUGGGAUACUUGGUGAAACACGCAGAUCCAAAUGGAGUCGAACUGUUUGUCACUUCUAACCCGACCAGACCUAGAAAGAGUGGGGCGAGGGAGAUCAGCACUCUCGUUCGUUGGCUGGACAACCCAGAGAGAAGAUAUCCUGGAGGCCCUUGUAACAUGGAGUCCAGCCUCAGCUCCAUAUUGGACCAUGUCAAGAGUGGUCUGAAGAAAGGGCCCGGCUUCUUCCAGCAGACAAAUCGCCGUGGGACAAGUGUGUACAUCCUGACCGACGCAAUAUGGGAGGGCGGAACGAGGAAACAAUGCGGAGUUGAAGACCCGAUCAAGGAUCUUGUGAGGAAGAUGCAAAAGCUAUGUAAAACCAGGACAACUGUCGCCCUGCAGUUCAUCCAGUUUGGCGACGACCCACUCGGAAAACAGAGGCUCCAGUACCUCGAUGACACCCUAGGAAAAAUCUUGGAUUUCGAUAUUGUUGACCAUAGACAUCAUGAGCGAGACGGGGUUUGGCAUAUGCUCUUGGGCUCCAUCAGCCGUGGAGUCGACCAAGAAAAUGAUGCCGAAGGUCAAGAAGCGGUCACCUGA